GUUUGAGCUUCAUGCUCAAACUUGACCGUGUUUUUAGUUUCUGAUAAAUAGAAGCAAAAGGAACUACUCAAACAACAGCUUGAGAUAUAUUCCUCUUCCACCUCCUCAUGUCAUCGUUGCCAUCUUCUUCUUCUUCUCGACAGAAAUAUGAUGUUUUCUUGAGUUUCAGAGGUGAAGAUACCCGCAUAAAAUUCACUGAUCAUCUAUUUGCUGCUUUAAUAAGGAGUGGAAUCGAGACUUUCAGGGAUGAUCGAAAGCUUGAGGCUGGAGAAGAAAUCGCACCAGAACUGUUUAAAGCAAUUCAAGAAUCAUGGUGUUCUGUGAUCGUUUUCUCAGAAACAUAUGCUUCUUCAGGUUGGUGCUUGAAAGAGCUCGCUGAGAUUGUUAAACAAAAAAAGCAGAGGGGACAUAAAGUUUUUCCAAUUUUCUAUGAUGUGGAUCCAUCUGAUUUAAGAAAACAGACUGGGAAAGUUGAAAAGGCCUUUGCCAAACAUGAAGAGAGAUACAAGGAAAAUAAAGAUGAGAUCCAAAAGUGGAGAAAAGCUUUGAGUGAAGUGGCUGAUAUCACGGGAUGGCAUUUAAAAAACAGUGUUUGUAGGCAUGAAUCAGAAUUUAUUGGAAACAUUGUUAAAAAGAUAUCAACAAAAUUACGUCAAACAUAUUCGUUUGUUUCCAAUGAGUUGAUUGGAAUUAACUCACGUUUGGAAGAGUUACAUUCGAAAAUAGACAUUGGUGAUGACGAUGUCCGCAUUAUAGGAAUUUGUGGUAUGGGCGGCAUUGGUAAAACUACUCUUGCAAGAGUAGUUUAUACCCAAAUGUCCUCUGAUUUUAAAGGUAAAAGCUUUCUUGCUGAUGUUCGAGAAGUUUCCGGGAAAUGUGGACUUGUUUCUUUACAGAAACAACUUCUUUCUGAUAUAUUGUUGGAAGAAGGUUUCAAUCUAUUCAAUAUUCAUGAAGGGAAUGCCAUGAUUAGUCGCAGGCUAUCUCACAAGAAGGUUCUGGUUGUUAUUGAUGAUGUCGAUAACUUUCAACAUUUAAAAUGCUUGGUUGGAAGGCGUGAUUGGUUCGGUUUAGGGAGCAGAAUCAUUGUAACAACAAGAGAUGAACAUUUGCUUCGAUCCUACAGAGUGGAUGAUGUGUAUAAGCCUGCAACACUGGAUGUCGAUGAAGCACUUCAUCUUUUCAAUUUGAAAGCUUUCAAGAGUGAUACAGUGCCAGAAAAUGAUUUCAAUGAGCUGUCUAAACAAGUUGUAACAUACACUGGUGGUCUUCCCUUAGCUCUUGAAGUUAUCGGUUGUUUGUUGUGCGGUAGAGAUGCAGCUCAAUGGAGAAGUGCAAUUGAAAGACUUAAAAGAGAUUUUGACAAGGAAAUUCAUGACAGACUUCUAAUAAGCUUUGAUGGAUUAGAAGAAACGGAGAAGAACAUUUUUCUAGAUAUUGCAUGCUUCUUCAAUGGGGGUGAGAAAGAUUUCGUAACUAACAUACUAGAUGGUUGUGAUUUUUUCGCAGAAAUUGGAAUAAAUCGUCUCAUUGAGAAGUCUCCCAUAAAAGUUACUUCGCGCAAAUUUUUGUGGAUGCACGAUUUGCUACAAGAGAUGGGAAGAAAAAUUGUUCGACAAAAAUCAGUUGAUGAACCUGGAAAACGUUGUAGAUUAUGGGAGGAAAAUGAUGUCUAUCAUGUGCUAACAAAAAACAAAGCUACCGACGGAAUUGAGGGCAUGAUCAUUGACAAUAAAGGGGAACAGAACAAGACGUUCACUUUGAAUGCUGAUGCCUUCUUGAAUAUGAAAAAAUUAAGAUUGCUCAAAGUCUUUUAUCUCCCAAUUACUCAAGAUCUCAAAAAUCUUUCAAAUGAGUUACGGCUUUUAGAUUGGAGUGGAUAUCCUUUUAGAUCAUUGCCAUCAAGCUUCCAACCAGACAACCUUGUUGCACUUCUCCUACCUUAUAGCCACAUUGAACAACUAUGGAAGGGAAACAGACCUUUACCUAAAUUGAAAUUAGUCAACCUCAAAGGUUCCAAAAACCUGAUCAAGACGCCAGACUUCACAAGGGCUCCAUAUCUCCAAAGUCUGAUUUUGGAAGGUUGUUCCAGAAUAGUAGAACUUCCCUCUUCAAUUGGACAUCUCAGCAAUCUUGUUUCGUUAAAUCUGAAAGAUUGCAAUAACCUUGUGAGUCUCCCAAGCAGCAUAAAUGGGUUGACAUGUCUUAAAACUCUUAAUCUCGCUGGCUGUUCUAAAGUUGAAACUUUACCAGAGAAUUUGCAGCAUGUAGAAUUUUUGGAGGAGCUUGAUUUAAGUAAAACUGCCAUAGGAAAACCUCCAUCCUUCAUUUUUCAAUUUAGAAGUCUGAAAGUUCUGUCUUUCAAUGGAUGCAAGGGACCGCCAUCAAAAUUGCGACUGAAUUUGCCUUCUCUCUUCAAUGUAUUGCAAAGAGGAAGUUCGAAUUCCAUGGCUCUGAUGUUACCUCCUUUGUCAGGUUUGAGCUCUUUAACAAAGUUGAAUCUAAGUGACUGCAAUCUUUGGGAAGGAGCUAUUCCUAGUGAUAUUUGCUGCUUAUCUUCUUUGAAAAUACUUGAUCUUAGUAGUAACAAUUUCGUCCACCUACCUGCAACUCUCGGUCGACUUUCCAAGCUUCAUUUUCUUAGGUUGUCAGAUUGCAGGGAGCUUAAAGCUCUGCCUGAGCUUCUAAAAAGUAUAAAAGGAGUGUGGGUAGAUGGUUGUUCCUCUCUGGAAGUACUUGCAGAUCCAACAAAAGUAUGCAAUUCAGAAGAUUGCAGAUAUAUAACCGCUUUUAACUGCUACAAAUUGGCUGAGAAAAACAAUACGUUAAAAAUGCUAAAAAAACACCUUAAGGUUGGUAGCGAUCUCUCUCUCUGAAUCUUACUCUCU